UGCUGCGCGCUCCCGUCACCAUCUCGCCAUUUUGAGUCUAAAUAACACUUGGUGAGUUUCUUCUUCUUCUUCUCGAGUUAAACUUUAACACCGCGGUCCACUCUCCCUCUGCGGGAGCACCAACACAGCAACAGCGGGGUACUCUUUAUCAACACCGAGUAGUCAUGAAUACCGAGGAACUGUUUGUUUAACAGACUUUAUAAAGACACUAACGUUAGUUCAAGCUAAGCUAAGCUAAGCUAAGCUAAGCUAACAGCUAGCCGUCGCAGUCUUCACAACAAAUCACUCUGAUGCUAAGCUAACCAGGCUAGCUAGCAGGUAGCUCAGUGACUUCAGUGUCUGGACGAAGACUUCACCUAACUGUCUGUAAACACAGACUGGAGGAGGAGCAGUGCAAGUGGUGCCUCCACUGGAGUUGAAGUAAACAGAAAUCUGAGCUCCCACCGCAGGUUAUGGUGAGCCUCUCAGCGUCUCAUCUCCUAAAGAGGCCUGCGUUUUAAGAGGAGACCCAUGCUGAUAAAUGCCAGGCCUCGCCACACUCUCUGUCGUCUGCACAAACACAAAUGCCUGCCUGCCCGUGGGGGAGGUCUGAUUAAAGAUAUCCACAUUUCAUCCACUGGGCUGUGUCCCCCGUCCCAGCGGCCACCAUGUUUUGGAAGUUCGACCUGCACACCACCUCCCACAUCGACCAGCUGCUGGACAGGGAGGACGUGACGCUGAGAGAGCUGAUGGAGGAGGACGACGUCCUGCAGGAGUGCAAAGCCCAGAACCGCCGGCUGCUACUCUUCCUCUCCCAGGACCAGUGCAUGCAGGAGCUGGUCAGCCUCAUCACCACGGAGCCGCCCGCCGACCUGGAGGAGAGGAGCCGGUUUAAGUUUCCCAACAUUGCUUGUGAGCUGCUGACAUCAGAUGUGUCCAUUAUAAACGAUAAGCUGGGCGCGGACGACUCUCUCCUCGAGGUGCUCUAUCACUUCCUGGAGCAAGACCCACCCCUCAACCCGCUACUGGCCAGCUUCUUCAGCAAAACCAUCGGCAAUCUCAUUGCCAGGAAAACCGAACAGGUGAUUACCUUUCUAAAGAAAAAGGAAGGCUUCAUUGGUCUGGUGCUGAAACAUAUUGACGCCUCUGCCAUGAUGGACCUGCUGCUUCGCCUCAUCAGUUGUGUGGAGCCUGCCCCCUUGAGGCAGGAGGUCCUCCAUUGGCUGAAUGAGGAGAAGUUGGUACAAAGACUCACAGAGCUCAUCCAUACUGGCAAAGAUGAAGAGAGACAAUCAAAUGCAUCCCAAACGCUUUGCGACAUCAUCCGCCUUAGUCGAGACCAGGCCAAUCAGAUGCAGGAGAAUAUGGAGGCCGACCCACUAUUGGCUGUGCUAGAGUCGCAGGACAGUGUAGCGGGGCUCGUCAAGAACAUGUUCGAGGGGGAGAGGAGUGAGGCCUCCAUUGUUAACGGAACUCAAGUGCUACUUACCUUACUGGAGACCAGGAGGUCUGGGUUGGAAGGGCUGAUGGAUCUGUAUUCUCAGGGUUAUGAAAGGUCUUACACUGUCAACAGCAGUAUUUUAAAUGCCAUUGAGCCCCAUUUAAAGGACUUCCAGCAGCUUCUUCUGGAUCCCCCCAAGAAAAGUGCAAUAUUGACGACCGUUGGCGUUCUAGAGCAGCCACUGGGGAACGCCCGCCUUCACGUGGCCCGGCUGGUGGCCGCCCUGCUGCAGACCAGUGCCCCCAGUAUCUGCCAGGAGCUCUGCAAUCUCACCACCAUGGACCUACUACUGGAUCUGUUCUUCAAAUACUCCUGGAAUAACUUUUUGCACUUCCAAGUGGAGCUGUGCGUGGCGGCUAUCCUAAACCACCCUUCCUCGGAGGAGCGGCCCAGCCCCGUCCUCCUGAACCACGACGGGGGGCCUGCAGUGUCCAACCCUGAGUCGCAGGGGGAGGCAGUGGAGACAGGCAGGACCAGCGACCCACAGACCUCCAUCCACAAUGCCCUCGUAGCACAUCUCUUCCAGAAGUGUCACCUGGUACAGAGGAUCCUUGACGCCUGGGAGGAGAACGAUAAAAUACAGGGUGAGGGCGGCACCAGGAGAGGCAACAUGGGUCAUCUGACCAGAAUUGCCAACAUGGUGGUUCAGAACCUGGAGAAAGGACCAGUACAGGUCCAGAUCACUGACCUCAUCAAAGAGCUGCCAGAAGACUGCAGAGGUCGCUGGGAGAGCUUCGUGGACGAGACCCUGAGAGAGACUAACAGGAGGAACACGGUAGAGCUGGUAAGCACCCACAACAUGCACUCGUCCAGUGAAGACGACGACAUGGAGAGCCCCUUCCCCAACGACCUGUCUCUCCAGCAGGCCUUCUCUGACUAUCAGAUCCAACAGAUGACCGCCAACUUUGUGGAUCAGUUUGGCUUCAAUGACGAGGAGUUCAGCGAGCAUGAUGAGAACAUCAACGCCACAUUUGACAGAAUUGCCGAAAUAAACUUCAAUCUAGAUGCUGAUGAUAAUAGUGCCAAUGCGGCUGCUUUUGAAGCCUGCUGUAAAGAGAGGAUACGCCAGUUUGAUGAUGCUGAAGAAGAGGAGGACAUUUGGGAGGAGAAGGAGAUGAACUAUGCAACACAAGCUAAAUCCAGAACAAGGUUCGGGGUCUCCCAAACCUCGGAGGAAAGCUCCAGGAGCAGCAUGGAGAACGGAGGCAGGGAGCGGGACCACGGAUCUGAAUCUGAUGAGGAGGAGGACUCUGAGCAGAACAUAUCAGAUAAUGGUAGAUCAGAGGACAACAGCUAUCAACAGAACACAUCAGAUAAUGGUAGAUCAGAGGACAGCAGCUACCAACAGAACACAUCAGAUAAUGGUCCAGGCCCAGGCUGGACAGCAAAUUUCAGGGAAUCUGGAGGGACUGCAGCAUCCCAGACCCCAGCAGCGUGGGACAGCUCAUCGAGGAGUGGAGCAGGGGAGACACAGGGAAGUGGCUGGGCCAACUUCACUGAGUUCCAGCCUUUCUCCGGUACAGAGACUGAGCCCAGGAGCAGCUCUCCUGUGGACUCGGCCGGCAGUGAUGCAGAUAAACAAGCCAAACAAAACCACGACAAGGGUGCAGACGUUAGUGCCUCCUCUGGUGCUUGGCCGGUGGGAGAAGGGAGGAAGGCUCCCAUCGUGGCCUCAGACAGCAGCUCCUCCGGGGGAUCCGACAGCGAGGAGGACGACAAAAACGCCGCCGCCGCCGCCGCUGCUGCUGCUGCUGCUCCUCCCGCCACAGCAGUCGUCGCCGCCUCGGAAACAGCCGGCGCCCCCGGCAACAAGACAGCUGACCUCAAAAGCGAGGAGUGUCCAGUGUCUCUGGAGAAACUCUCUCUGUCAGAUCCUCCUAAAGCGUCGGAGCAGCAGCCUGCUGAGGAAUCACCCGUAACCACACAGACCGACAGGAAAGAGGAAACGCCACCGCCCCAGCAGGAAGUGUCGGUCAAUGGGCCGGUCUGAGCGGCCGAGCGGUUCUGCUAAAUCCAUCAGCGACGGGCCGGCUUCUCCGCGGACUGUCAAGCCUCCUCCAGAGUGGACUUCCCCUUAAAUAACCUCACUGCAACUACAGUGUUUUUUCUUUUUUUACUGAAUCACUCGGCCACGUUAUUGGACCCUGGACACUGCCAAUCGACACCAAUAAUGAGGCGGCGGCGGAACAUGUAAAAAAAAAAAAAGAAAGAAAAAAAAGAAAUAAGAAAAACCAACAGACAGAAGAGUGUAAGAGGAAUCAUCUUCAAAGCCUUUUUUCUGAUGUUGCACAUAAUUAACGUGCGGUUUUAAUGUAGCAGCGAUCUUUGAAAAACGACAGAAUCCAAAGGGGUAAAACAUCGUCAUCGUUAUUUUUUUAUGUCCUGAAAAGAUUUCUCUCCUACUUGCUGUUGGAAUCCCAUUGUUAGGGAUUUUACAUCGUCACCCCUGAAUGGAUAGCACAGGCUAACUUUUAAUGAUGCCUCAACAAUAAAUACCUUCUUUUUUUUUUUCUUUUUUUUUGAGAAAACUUUUUUUUUUUUUUUUCAAGCUUAAGAAAAAGCACUUAUGCAGCCAUUUUACUGUACAUUAUAGCACAAUGUAAGUGUUCUACCCUCAUCUCUGCUGGCUGUCUUAUCUGUCCUCGCACCCAGAUCAAGGUUUUUAUCCGUU